AUGGAUGAGCAUACUAGCAGUGCUCUACACUAUGGGCACGUUGGAAGACCGAUCUACCUCCCAGAAACCAGAACAUGGAGCUUCGAACGAUCAUUUAUCCGAGCUCCCGAUCUAGAAUACACGGGUACAACGAAGACUAUCAUAGCCUCGCCUUCGAGAACCGCCCAAGCUACUCUCUUCGGUCCGUACGGUCGACCACUCAAUGCGAACUCCAUUCCCCAUGCGCUUCCGGAAUUGGGAGUACCCUGGUCCUCCAUUGACGGGCAUGCAGCUUCCAAGUUGAUCGCGAGAACCAAUGAACUCUAUGAUCCACGUGCUUCUACCCUUCUGGAUUUGGGUUAUGCGCUUGAUGUUGGAAAGCAGAAUGGAAUCGUAUCUAUUGCAGCGGCUGUGACCGGAGAGUCUAGGAAUAUCAUUUCAUUACGAGUGAUAGCCGAAGAAACCACAGAAUUGCCACUCGAUGAACUCUCAGUAAAAGUCCCAGCAAUUGGCGACGCGGAAGUCACGGAGUGGUCGACACAAGGCGCACGGAUCCGACAAAUCUGUUUCUCCCAGCCAGCGCAAGAUGAGGAGGAUAAAGCAACCUGGAUGGCUGCUCGCCUUCCCGAAUCUAUCACAAUAUUCCGGCCGUUAUAUCUCCAAGAUCCGGCGCCGAUGCAUCUUCAUCAUGAUGACCCUGCGUUGCUCCCAUUGUCACUGCGCAACUCCCGCCUAGAUGCCAACCCAGUGGUGGAGAUUCUCAGCUCGCAUACUGGCGGAUUCACGCACGCUGAUAUUGCAUUCAACCCUUGGUAUCAACGGCAGAUAGCUAUUCUUGAUACGAGGGGUAAUUGGAGUCUCUGGGAGAUUCAAACUAAGCGUCACCGACGAAAGGCUGAUGGGCUUGCCCUCCCUGGCCGAAAAGGUUCGUUACCAUCAAUUGAUCAGGAGGAUGUCAACGCUGCCAGACAUGACGGCUGGGGGUCUAUCCAGUGGAUUGUUGAUUACUCAACCCUUAUUGUUGCUGAUCGUCGAUGUGUGAUGAUCUUUCGGGUGGAAGGAGAUGAAGUUCGUACCCGGGCUGUCGAAUUGAAAUUGGGGAGGCAGUCAGAAUGGGUUCUCGAGGUGCGACGAAGUGUGAAGAAUGCAUCACAGUUUUAUGUUCUCACAACAACUCGAUUGAUUUUGUUUGAUAUGAGAACGGCACGAGAAGAUGAAGAGGGGGUUAGACUGCCUCUGCAGUAUUCGCUUGCCUGGCGUCAUUUCCGAGACACUGAAGACACUUCCAUGCGGCUUAGUGAACUAUCUCUCAGAGGAGGUUUAUACCUCAUUUUGUAUUCCAGACUCAACGAACUUGUUCAGGUUUACCCAUGUCCUGUUGUUAAUGAUACCCAGACGGAUCCAAUCGAGGUUUCAGAUCCGUUUUUGUUGUACUCGUCUCUCGGUGUUCAUGAAUCUCUUUUCAAGAACCUAUUGAGCAGCUCAGAGGAGUUGGAGAUGGAUGACGAGCUAGAUGACCGAACAGUUCUUCGUGCAAAUGAGCCUCACACCUUGGACACAGACUGGGUAGAUGAAGACGAUGAUUUCGUUGUCAAUGACUGGCACGAAUCCGUCAUGGCCCGAAGGGCUGCAUGGAAACCCGGCUUCCCGACUUCAUUAGCUGAAGAUCUGAGUUGGACUAUGAACUGGACACCUGUGUAUAAACUCGCCUUGGUUAAUGUACUUCGCGGCACCAAUCACCUUGAUGACGAGGAACCUCGGACUACCUUGAAUCAAAUCAUUGAGGAUGUGGAGAGUGGGAAACUUUUGGAAUUGGAUGAUUGGCAGAACAGCGAGACGAUGUUUGAAAUUGCCGGUGGUCGUCCGGUUUCAAUGGAUAUUGAACAGAAUUCUAUUGAAUUGAAACAUCUUGUCUCGACAGUUCUUCCUGAGAAUACUGAUGCUCAACCUCAGUUCAUGAUCGUGCCUCUACGCUUCUCAAAUCUAUUCCCAGGCAUGCCGAUAGCCCACCCAGAGAGGCAAUCGGAUCUCGACUUCGGAUAUACCUAUGAUCGAAUGGUGGAUGAGUGGCUUACCAAACUUUCUCUCGAAAUUCCCAAUCAGACACGUCUAAUGAAAGGGAGAACUGUGCGCGGUAUUGCUCUGGAUAUUCUUUUAUCACGCCUCAUUCGAAUUUCCACCGACUCUACGAGACUCGCAGCAUCACAAUUCCAAGAGAACGAGACACCCGCAAAGCAAGAACCGACGGAUUCUCAAGAUUUCGAUCUAGGGAUGGCAUCUUCCCAGCUCGCCUCAAGCCAGGGUACUGUAGUAGGCCACCGCAGUAGCCAGCUACGCAGCGGGACCAAAGGUGCACUUCCAUCUUACAGCAGUCUUGCUGCAUUCACAACAUUCAAACCACCCCGUCCACAGCCUCGAAACGUGGCAAGUCUACUCUCGCACUGGGAUCUAGGUGCAGACCCAUCGACUUAUGAAUGGCAAAAGGCGUCCCAGUCACAGAACGCAGAGUCCUCACAGAUGGGUCCUCCAGGCACACCACAGCGCCGAGCACGUAAGAAGCGCUCUCAACAGACACUCAAUGUCGAAAGACCAGUUCAAUCACUAACACCCACCGCUCCAACUCUUCGAGCAUGGGGCAGUCAACCUAAUCACUCGAUGUUGGUGAGUAGUCAGCCUACCGUGGAUGAUCUGCCCAUGACUCAGACUGAGCGUGGACAAUUUGGAACACGUGAAGUGACCAAGAGCAGCAAGGCGAAGAAGAAAAGACGAGCAGGAGGUUUUUAG